CUAAUGAGCUCGGGUGAACGAUGGCCUUAGAGUGACCUGUGAUGCAGAGCUGAGGCCAGCAGAUGAUGUGGUGUUAGGGUGGAGUGCAACUGUGUUCUGAGUCACAGGUCAGCUGAUGCAUGUUCGAUCCCCUUUAACACUCCCGUGUGGCCAUGCACUUCCCUUUCCAGGUUCCAGCCGCCACCUAGCGUCCACUUGCAUUCACGCAGCCUUUCUCACGUCAUCCAGGUAAACGCGAUCGAUUGGUCGAGUCUGCGCAGGUGGUGUAGGAAGUGCGGCGGAGAGGCCACAUCUGUCAGGAGUCAACAACAGAAAAAGUAAGAGAAGACCGUCCUCCUACUCCUUUUCCUCUCUAACGCACCGGAGCGGUGUUGUGGCGAGACGAGGACCACUCCAUCCAUCAUCUCCAUCUUUACUGCUGCGUCCAACUUUCGUUUUCGUGGAUAUCGCUGAACGUUUUGUGAGUCGUCCGAUCGAGGCCGUGGCACGUACCUGCCGCUCCUCCUUACGCCGCUUUCGCUUUGUCCGCGCUCCCUCCAUGAUGUCCCUCCCAUGGGUCAUGUAGAAGAGACGUGUACGUGUAGCUGUGUGGUCAAAGGCUGAGGAACACAUCGAUACAGGAGGAGGCUGUCGGUGAAUGCAGCACCGCGUGCCCGCGCACAGGUGCACGCGCCAGCAUGUUACUUCACGCACUCGUGCUCCUCCAGCUGCUGUCAUUUGGGGAUCUGGCCUGCACGAGGAGGCUGCUCUCCACUCAUGACCAGGACCAAGAAGUGUUUGUAGAUGAAGGGGACGCACACUCGUUCCUGGGUCGCCAGCUGCUAUUCAACCGGUUCGACUUUGAGAUCUUCGUCCCUGGAAACCUGGAGAGGGAGUGUAAUGAAGAAGUGUGCAACUACGAGGAGGCAAGGGAGGUGUUUGAAAACAUCCCGGCUACAGAUGCUUUUUGGAAGAAGUACAUAUCAGAUAAGGACAAGCGCCCCACACGGGUAGAUGUGACGUCUCUCCUGGUGGGACUGAUUGUUGCUGGAGUGUCCAUUGUCAUCAUUGGCCUCCUGCUUUGGUAUUUCUGUCAAGGCAAAUGUAAAGCUAAUUUCAGCCAGUCAAGUUCCAUACGGGUCCGGCCAAGGAGGAGUAACGCUUCUCUAAUAAUGCGGCGGCUAGAGGAGGUGUCCUUAAACCCUGUGCAGCAACCUGUGCCCCCACCCCCUAUGGAGGAAAUAGACCCCCCCGGACUGCCUUCCUACGAGCAGGCAAUUGCAAAAAGUGGACAGCACGACGCCCCACCUCCUCCAUACCCUGGGUCACAGCCUGGAAGCAUUCGGCGGUAGUACCUUCAGGAAUCAGAAGCAAUACAAUACAACUAUCAUUCACAAAGUGCUCCGCCUGUUAUUACAUAAAUUUUUUAAUCAUCACAAGAUUUUAAAUAGUGCCUUAUACCGUUUGUUUAUUGCCCUGAUUAACCUGUGUUUUUCUACUCCCACAUCAUUCACUCCUCUCUGCUUUGUUUGUGCAUCUUUUCCUUGCAGUGUAAUGUUCUCUCUAUUUGACAUACAUAGUUUUGUGGUAGCCUCUACUAUUUCCUCAGCUGUGCGUUCAGUCACACAACCUCUACCCAAAUGAGAAUUACAAUACAUUUUACUCAGUUUGCUGCUUUUUUUGAAAUGAAAAUGAAGAAUCGGUUCAGUGUUGGACAUGAGUGUUUUAAAUUGAGGGAAUACUUUUUCUCUUAAAGGUUGUUUUUGAUACAUGAUGCUGAGUGAAAGAUGAGGGUUAUGCUUCAUUAGUAUUAAUGGUAAUCACUGAGAGAGGCUGGUGUGUUGUCAUACGAUCCCCUGUCUCUUUCUGAAGGAAAAUUAAAACAUGGUGUGAUGGCUCAUUUUGCCAUGAGUGAAAAAUAAGUGUUUUUGAUGCACUGGUUAUACAUUAAUAAUUCAGCUGUGUAUCAACAUCAUUUACUCUUUUUUAAAUUUUUGUGGCUUUAUAAAGUUAAAUUGUGUCUGAAAUUUAUAUAAUUAUGAGAAUGCUCUACUAUGUGAAGUUUUUUAUUACAUGAUCUGUGUUUUGGUUGGCUUUAUUAAAUGUAUUAUGAACUCCUCA